CAGUUGAGAGGAGGGAUGUAGGGAUGUGACGUGAGUGACGGGAGUAUGGAAACUGAUCAUUGCAGGCAGAGCAGUGUUGGAUAAUACUGCUCUCUCUCCCUCUCUCUCUCUGACGCGCGCUUCCUCUACUCUAUGUCUCUGGCGAUGUUACUCUGACCAGACACAGCCAUAGAAAAAACCCCCACACUCCACAUUGACAUGCAGCUGAGAGGGCUGCUGCUGCUGCUGCUAUUGCUUCUCUCUUUCUUACAUAGACAAACUCUCUCGCACUCCAUUCCAUUUUAAACACCAACCUUUCACAGCAAUUGUCGGAAGAUCCAGGGCAGGAUAUGGCAGGAAUGUGAGUGGUGAGCUUCAUCUGAAAACAUCUGCCUGCAGGACUCCUCCCUUAUCUAUCUUGGUGGUGUACUCCAGCUCUACAGCAGUUUGAGGCGCCCGCUGUGUGUUGCUGCCCAGGGAAUGGUCAGUGGACUCUGAGACAGGGCCUUUACAAAAUGAGCAGCCGGGACAAAUGGGUCACACUGACCCCAGCUGAAUUUGCCUUGCUACAGGAAUACACGCAGUACUCAACCAAGAAGCUAAAGGAUGUUCUGCAGGAAUUCCAUGGAGAUGGUGUGUUGGCUAAGUACAAUCCAGAAGAGAAGCAAGAAAUCCUUUGCCAGGAGAUUGACUUUGAGGGCUUCAAGGUCUUUAUGCAAACAUUCCUGGAGAGUGAACUCCCUGAGGAGUUCUGUCAACACCUCUUCUUGUCGUUUAGCAACAAGGGCCCCAAACCCAGUCCCUCAUCCUCUGACAAACCUAGAGUAUCUGGACUGAAGCUAAUCAAAGUCACCUCAACCCCUCUGAAGGCACCUGUCCUGUCCAGGCCUCUGGAUACAGUGCAGCUUAAGGACAUAGUGUGUUACCUCUCGUUGCUAGAGGGCGGGCGACCUGAGGACAAGCUUGAGUUCAUGUUUCGCCUCUAUGAUACAGAUGGAAAUGGGUCUUUGGACAGCUCGGAGCUGGAGCACAUUAUCUCCCAGAUGAUGCAUGUGGCAGAGUACCUGGAGUGGGACGUGACGGAGCUGAAGCCAAUUCUGAAGGAAAUGAUGCAGGAGAUUGACUACGAUCACGAUGGCACUGUGUCACUGGAGGAGUGGAUUCAAGGAGGCUUGACCACCAUCCCACUGCUGGUCCUGCUAGGCCUUGAGACAAAUGUGAAAGAUGAUGGGCAACAUGUGUGGAGGCUGAAGCACUUCAACAAGCCAGCCUACUGUAACCUGUGUCUCAACAUGCUAAUUGGACUGGGGAAGCAGGGACUCUGCUGCUCAUUCUGCAAGUACACAGUACAUGAGCGCUGUGUGGCUCGUGCUCCGCUGUCUUGCAUCAAAACCUACGUCAAGUCCAAGAAAAACACAGAGGUAAUGCAUCAUUUCUGGGUGGAAGGGAACUGCCCCACCAAGUGUGACAAGUGUCACAAAACCAUUAAGUGUUACCAAGGCCUGACUGGUCUCCACUGUGUGUGGUGUCAGAUCACGCUCCAUAACAAGUGUGCCUCCCACAUGAAACCUGAGUGUGAUUGUGGACCCCUGAAGGAUCACAUCCUGCCCCCCAACUCAAUCUGCCCGAUCGUCCUGGAAAGGCAGUCAACACUGAGAAAAGACUCUCGGUCGAGUCAGUCGAGCCGAGGGAAGAUGCAGAGAGCCAACUCAGUGACAGUCGACGGCCAAGGAUUGCAGAUCAAAACAAUAGAGGGCACUCAUCCUCUGCUAGUGUUUGUCAAUCCGAAGAGUGGGGGGAAGCAGGGAGAGAGGAUUUACAGAAAAUUCCAGUAUCUCCUCAACCCAAGACAAGUGUACAACCUGGCCAAGAAUGGACCCAUGUCAGGAUUGAACUUCUUCAGAGAUGUUCCAGAUUUCAGAGUGUUGACCUGUGGAGGGGACGGCACCGUGGGCUGGAUCCUGGACUUCAUUGAUAAGGCCAACAUGGACAGGAACCCCCCCGUGUGUAUACUUCCUCUUGGCACAGGCAACGACCUGGCAAGAUGUCUACGAUGGGGCGGAGGCUACGAGGGCGAGAGCCUCCUCAAGAUCCUGAGGGACAUUGAGAACAGUGCAGAGGUAAUGCUGGAUCGCUGGAAGAUUGAUGUCACACCCACAGACAAGGAGGAGCAAGGGGACCCGGUGCCUUACAGCAUUAUAAACAACUACUUCUCCAUCGGAGUGGACGCCUCGAUUGCACAUCGUUUCCAUAUUAUGAGAGAAAAGCACCCCGAGAAGUUUAACAGCAGAACAAAGAAUAAACUAUGGUACUUUGAGUUUGGCACUUCGGAGACUUUUUCAGCCACAUGUAAGAAGCUUCACGACUUCCUGGAGGUUGAGUGUGAUGGUGUUAAUCUGGACCUCAGCAGCAUCUCCUUGGAAGGCAUCGCCAUUCUCAACAUUCCCAGCAUGCACGGCGGCUCCAACCUUUGGGGCGAGAGCAAAAAGAGGAGGGGGAACCGGAGGGGGGGAAAGAAAACCCAAGACAAACGGACGCCUGUGAUUGACCCCAAAGAACUCAUGUUCGCAGUUCAAGACCUAUCUGACCAGCUCCUGGAGGUAGUGGGGCUGGAAGGAGCCAUGGAGAUGGGUCAGAUAUACACUGGUCUGAAGAGUGCUGGAAGACGCCUGGCACAGUGCUCCUCUGUGACCAUCAGAACCAGUAAAUCCCUUCCCAUGCAGAUUGAUGGUGAGCCUUGGAUGCAGACUCCGUGCAAUAUUGAGAUUGUCCACAAGAACCAAGCUCCCAUGUUGAUGGGACCGCUACAAGGUCGAAGCUUCUUCUCAUCAGUCAUCAGACGAACUUGCACUGAGAACAAAAAGUGAUCAGGUCGGGAACUUUGAGUCGUCUCACAAUCCGUCAAGGGCAGCAGUCAGAAGUUGCUCAUCACUCUGCGUGCUAGUGGAGGGGAUCUUUGAUGUCUGUCUGAUAGCCCAGUAGCCUACAGUAGCAAACUGUAGGUUCAGUAUGUGUCGCCUGCAGCAUGGGUUUGUCAGUGAGAAGUUCCCGCCCAGAAUGAGGCGGAUGUAGGACUGAUGCUUUGAUUCGCAGUGUGCAGUGUAGUAUAGCACCAAAACUAGUGUAGCUAUUUCUGGAAAUGCACUACUGUUGUUCUUCUUUUUCUUUAUAAAAUGUUGCUGUUGUGCUCUGUGCCACAUGGAACAAACUCACAGAUGAAUGUGUUUUUAAUUUAUUUAAUUAUAUUUUUGCUGCUAUCAGUGUUUUCUAUGUUUUUUGUAUCUUUUUUUCUUUUCUUUUUUUUUGUAUUUUUGUAGCCUACCCCUGAUGCAUGAUGGACAGACAAAGAGGCGACUGCUGCUGUUGGAGAUGACAUAUCUGGAAUUUGCAGUAACGUUUUUUUUGUUUGUUCGAUAUUUUUGGCUCAGCAUUUCUUCUGCACUUCACUCAUGUAUGGCUUCAAGUAGCGCAAAGACAGAGAACAGUGUUUGCUUUCUUUAAUGGUUCCUGUAAGUCAUCCUUGUCAUGUUUUUAUCAGUCUUGUUGCUGCUCUGUGAGUGGAAAGAUUAGGAAUGAUUAUUAAUCGUUUCUAAAAAGAUAUAAAUAAAAAUGCAUGACACUCUAAGUCACUCUAGAGAUUACCUGAUAGUUACCUGAUAGUUUUACCAAUGUGCACACUUUGUGUUGCAUGAGUGACUGAGAUCUGUUAGGAAAUGUUUGGAAACUGGUUGUUUGUGUUUUUUCAAUGCUGCUCAGUUUCUACUGUGCCAUAUCAUACCUAGCUAUGAGUUAACUGCAUUUCUGUGGGAUCCUGUGUUUUCUGAACAGGCACUCAGGUACUUUUAAAAUAACAAACCAUAAAAGGGGUUGGUAUGACUGAUUGAUACAGUUUGACCUCAUGCCAUGUCAUUAAUUUGUUAUGAUAUCUACUUUUCAGUGUCUACAGUCUGUUGCACAAAGCAGGGUAAAUGUUCUGGUUAAAGUCUUGAUACAAAAUGACUAUUGACGUCACCACUGAAAAUCAAUCCCAUCCACGGACUACAGAUACAGGUAUUAGUAGUGACUGAGUGCAUUUGUGCAUUUCUGUGUUUAUCUCAUUCAGUCUCACUAGAGACAAAAAGACUCACUGAUACAUUUUGGGGGAAUUAAUUGCAGACCUAUUAGCCAGGCACUCCAUAGUUUUUAACUUGACAUGCAUGUUUUUUGGGAAGAUUUUUGGUCUCCACUGUUUUGGUCUUUCAAUGUGUGGAGAUGCACGGUCCAGUGCAUCUUCAGUCCCUUUACAUUGUACGGUGCAGCAUUGUGUACAGUGUGGUUGUAUUUUUACACAGUCUUACUUAUUUUUCAGCUUAUUGCUAUUAUUACGCUAGAACCUACACCAUAUUGUUCUUGUCUAAAACAAAUUAUGCUAAUGGUAACAAUAAAAAAAAAGAAAAAAGAA